CCUCAGUUCCUCCUCUCAUCUAUGACAGACAGAUAUCAGGAAAAGAAAGCAUCAGUGUCGACCCUCACAUACAGACACAGAGUCGCUGUGGACCGGCCAAAAUGAUUCUCACGUCUCUGCUGUGGACCAUGUUGGUGGUGACCUUAUGGACUCCAGGUUUGAGCCAGAUCCUGAUCCAAAAACCCUCAAAGGUUCUCUACCCUCCAAUCCUCUCUUCAGAGGUGAUUGAGUGCGAUUGUGGAAACAGUUCUUGUGACUUUGUCUUGUGGUUUCGCAGUCUUCUCAUCAGUAAUGACCUACAGUUCCUCGGUACAUGCAACAACGCAAAUCGCGACACCUACACGAGUGUCGCCAAUACAGGACAGUUUAAGUUUAGCAAGAAGGGCAGCUUGUCCUUUGUGCUACGAAUUGUCAAUGUGACGGAAGAAGAUGCAGGGGUUUAUUCCUGCGUGCUGACCAGCAAGAGGAAGGAUGAAAUGUGGAAUCCUGGGAUUCUUCUUCGCCCGGGAGUGACUCCUCCAACUGUCCCGCCAGAGGUGAAGCUCAGGCUGCCGGUCAACCCGGUCUGUCCUCGCUGCAAAAAGAAGACCCGACCCCACGACGGCUGCCUGCUUGUGUGGCCUUUGGUGGGUGUUAUUUUGGUCCUGGCUGUGGUCCUGGUCUGCACGCUCUACUACUUCAGCCGUUUGCCCAAAAAGUGUCGACACCAGUUUGUAAAGAAAAGGCCGAUGACUUCAUGAAUGUAUCACCGGCGACAUGUGACAAAGUAUGCAGCUUACACAUUAAGUGUGAACAAAAUCUGAACAACAGCCACCAGUUUGGGAACUGUUUUCAGUCGGAAGUAAACCUGCUUUAAUGAAAUUAUUUUUGUCAUGCGAUCAAUGACACUGAAAUGUUUCGUUUUAAACAGACACGGGGAAGAAAAUUACCCUUGAGGAUGUCCUUGGCUAACAACAGCCCCUUACAUCUGUUUCCUGUGAAAUAUGAGUUCAGGAACAUUUUUAUGUUUUAACAGCAUCAACCGUGUAUCAUAAUGUGACAUAGUGACUCUUUUUAUUUCAGUUAUUGCAAGAGGAGACUCCACCCAGGUCACUGUUGUAAUAUUACAUUGCUAAAUAUGUUUUCCUUGUCAAUAAACUGUGUUUUUAAUGAUCA